CCGCCAACGGGGCUCCGCCCCCCCCGUAGCCUCCGCGCAUGCGGUGCAUGCGCAGUGCCGGCCGGGCGCUGAGGGGAGCUCAAGGAGAGCGGCGCCGCCGCCAUGCCCGGCGUCCUGCGGGUGCCCUCGCUGGAGGAGCUCGAUGUGCAGGAGGUGAAAGUCAGCUCGGCCGUGCUGAAGGCCGCGGCCCACCACUACGGCUCGCAGUGCGACCGCCCCAACAAGGAGUUCAUGCUGUGCCGCUGGGAGGAGAAGGACCCGCGGAAGUGCCUGCAGGAGGGGCGGGAGGUGAACCGGUGCGCGCUCGAGUUCUUCAGGAAGAUCAAGGCACACUGUGCAGAGCCAUUUACUGAGUACUGGACGUGCAUUGACUACACCAACCUGCAGGAGCUCCGGCGGUGCCGGAAGCAGCAGGCAGUGUUUGAUGACUGUGUGCUGGAGAAGUUGGGCUGGGUGAGACCUGAUCUGGGACAGCUCUCUAAGGUUACAAAAGUGAAGACAGACCGUCCUUUGCCUGAGAAUCCCUAUCACUCUAGACCUAGACCAGAGCCAAAUCCACCCAUUGAAGGAGACCUGAAGCCCUCUCCGUUUGGCAGUCGGCUCUUUUUCUGGUCCUGGUAAAGUGGGCAGACUAUGCUGUAGCUAAAGUGCAAAGAUGUAUUGCUUGCAAAUGUAAAUUGUCCAGUGCACCUUGGGUAUAACUUUAAUGAUUAAAGAACCCCAAACUGUUA